AUGGUACCCAUCAUUGACACGUUUUUUGAGAAUGUUAAAUCAACUAGAAAACUGGAGAUAUCGUUGGUAGUUCUCGAUAAUGACGCUCUCUUGAAGAAGCUUAAUGAAUCCACAAUUAACAUUCACACUGUAGAGAUUCAGUCAACGUGUAAGGUACACCAAGUUUUAAGAAAUUAUUCUUUACCGCCUUGUCUAGAAGUCCUACGUAUUAAUCAAAAUAACUUGAAUUUCGAGGACAUUUCUGCUCUAGUUGAAUCUCUUAGUAGCGUGAAUGGCUUACACGAGUUAGAUCUAUCUCGUACUAAGUUUAAGGAAAGUAGCUUUUUUGCUUUUAUAUGCGUACUUGACAUUUGUAAAGAUCUAAAAAGUUUGAUUUUAACUGAUAAUGGCUUAACUAAACAACAAAUAACCGGCUUAAUAACUCAGUUUGAAUCGAUGAGAAAUCUUAAAAAUUUAAAUUUAUCUAAAAACAACCUUACUGAAACACAAGCAAAUGACAUACUGCAGAAACAUGGACAAGCUAAGAACAUUAUUUCUUUAGAUUUAUCACAAAACGCACUACAUGGAAACGAAAUUAUCACUGGGACUUGUCAACUGCAAUCACUCGAAGAACUAAAUCUUUCUCAUAACUACAUCAAAUUUUUUCCAUUACCCAACUUCGAGGAAAAACGCAACAGUUUGUCAAUAAGCACGAAAAUCGUUUCAUUGCCUUCCAAUCACAUGACGCCUGACGACAUUUGCCAGCUUUGCUCUUUAAUCAGAUCAGACUUAGUGAAACUGGACUUAAAUUUUAAUCAUGUUGGUAAUUCCAUUUGGUCGUUAUGUUCACUAGGUUCAAGGAUUAAGCAUUUGAAAGUGUUAAGUUUAGCAAAUACGGCUAUUUGUGGUGCUAUUGAAGGUUUACCAAUUCUACUCUCUUUAGUGGAAGAAGUUGAAGAACUGAAUUUAUCUUUCAAUAAUCUUAUGUUGAUAGAUUUCCAUCAACUUCAAUCACCCUUUUCAAACUUAACUCAAUUGAAGAAGUUGAAUUUAAGCAUGAAUGCUAUUGGUCCAGAUGGAAUAAGAGCUCUUGCAAACAUUUUCAAAACGUUUCCAUUUCUAGAGUGGCUAGACAUGAGUAGAUCGUGUAUCAAGGAAGAUGAAAUAAGUGCCUUGUGUAAGGGUUUAGUUCCGUUAAGCGCAUUAAAAUACCUGAAUUUGUCAGGCAAUAGGAUUGAUAUUACAGUUUUAGAUGAUGCCUUGUUUUUACCUCUGACGUUGGAGGAGUUGAUUUUUGGAGAUAUUCUUCAUGGCGAAAAACUCUUCGCCGAAAUGAUACGGCUAAAAAAUCUAAGAAAACUUCGUCUUAGCAAACUGAAAUUAAGAGCUUGUGAUGUUGAGGCGUUAGCUGCCAUGCUGUCUUCUUUUCUGUUGUUGGAAGAACUAUCUUUAGCCGAUAUUGUUGUUCAAGAUUUAAAGUGUGAGAAAAUCCUUAGCGCAAUGAACUCGUUAUCGAACAUUAAAAGGAUUAAUCUUAGUGGUAUAAAAUUACUUGAUGAAAAUGCAUUCCCCUAUACGCUAUCGUCUCUUUUGUCCUUGGAAGAACUAGUUUUAACUGACAUGAAUGUUGCGAACAUGGGCUGUGAAAGAUACAUUAGUGCGAUAAAAUUGAUGAAACAUUUGAGAAAACUUAACCUUGAUUGUGUAAAAGUGUUUGACGAGAAAGCUUUGUCUGAAAUGCUGUCUUCUCUUUCAAUUUUGGAAGAAAUUGUGUUUCCUGAUGUUGUUUUAGGGGAUAUUGAUUGUAUGACAGGAUAUUUUAGUGACAGGAUAUUUUUUAUGACAGGAUAUUUUAUUUUUAAUCAUUAAGAUAUCUGAAAAAUCUUGAUCUGCAUUGCACUAGAAUUUUUGUUUCUGGCGUAACGGAAGCUUUAACUCGCGUGUUACCGUCAUUACAGUUGUUAGAAAAGCUAGUCUUGGGAAGAAUUAACUUUGAUGAUGAAUGUCAAAAACAACUGUUUGUUGCACUCGGACAAUUGAAAUACCUCAAGGAACUUAAUUUAUGCGAGACGCAAAUUACCAAAACUGGCGCAGAAGCUUUAGCUGAGGUGUUACCGUCACUGCAGUUGUUGGAAAAGCUACAGUUGCAUAGAAUUGACUUUGAUGGUAAAUGUCAAAAAAAACUGUUUGCUGCAUUCGGAAAAUUGAAAUUCCUGAACGAAGUUAUUUUAUGGGCGACUGAUAUUACCCAACCUGGCGCAGAAGCUUUAGCUGAGGCAUUACCAUCACUGCAGUUGUUGGAAAAGCUGGUGUUGCGAUGUAUUGACUGUGAUGGUGAAUGUCAAAAACAACUGUUUGCUGCACUAAAAUGAUUGAAAUAUCUGAAGGAAAUUAAUUUAAAUAACACUCAUAUUAUCCAAUCUGGCGCAGAAGCUUUAGUUGAGGCGUUACCAUCACUGCAGUUGUUAGACAAGCUGCAGUUGGGUAGAAUUGACUUUGAUGGUAAAUGUCAAAAACAACUGUUUGCUGCACUCGGAAAAUUGAAAUUCCUGAACGAAGUUAUUUUAUGGGCGACUGAUAUUACCCAACCUGGCGCAGAAGCUUUAGCUGAGGCAUUACCAUCACUGCAGUUGUUGGAAAAGCUGGUGUUGCGAUGUAUUGACUGUGAUGGUGAAUGUCAAAAACAACUGUUUGCUGCACUAAAAUGAUUGAAAUAUCUGAAGGAAAUUAAUUUAAAUAACACUCAUAUUAUCCAAUCUGGCGCAGAAGCUUUAGUUGAGGCGUUACCAUCACUGCAGUUGUUAGACAAGCUGCAGUUGGGUAGAAUUGACUUUGAUGGUAAAUGUCAAAAACAACUGUUUGCUGCACUCGGAAAAUUGAAAUUCCUGAACGAAGUUAUUUUAUGGGCGACUGAUAUUACCCAACCUGGCGCAGAAGCUUUAGCUGAGGCAUUACCAUCACUGCAGUUGUUGGAAAAGCUGGUGUUGCGAUGUAUUGACUGUGAUGGUGAAUGUCAAAAACAACUGUUUGCUGCACUAAAAUGAUUGAAAUAUCUGAAGGAAAUUAAUUUAAAUAACACUCAUAUUAUCCAAUCUGGCGCAGAAGCUUUAGUUGAGGCGUUACCAUCACUGCAGUUGUUAGACAAGCUGCAGUUGGGUAGAAUUGACUUUGAUGGUAAAUGUCAAAAACAACUGUUUGCUGCACUCGGAAAAUUGAAAUUCCUGAACGAAGUUAUUUUAUGGGCGACUGAUAUUACCCAACCUGGCGCAGAAGCUUUAGCUGAGGCAUUACCAUCACUGCAGUUGUUGGAAAAGCUGGUGUUGCGAUGUAUUUACUGUGAUGCUGAAUGUCAAAAACAACUGUUUGCUGCACUCGGAAAAUUGAAAUUCCUGAACGAAGUUCAUUUAUGGAGGACUUAUAUUGCCCAACCUGGCACAGAAGCUUUAGCUGAGGCAUUACCUUCACUGCAGUUGUUGGAAAAGCUGGCGUUGCAAUGUAUUGACUGUGAUGGUGAAUCUCAAAAACAACUAUUUGCUGCACUCGGAAAAUUGAAAUACCUCAAGGAACUUAAUUUAUGCCAGACGCAAAUUACCAAAACUGGCGCAGAAGCUUUAGCUGAGGUGUUACCGUCACUGCAGUUGUUGGAAAAGCUGAAGUUGAUAUGUUUUCACUGUGAUGGUGAAUGUCAAAAACAACUGUUUGCUGCACUCGGAAAAUUGAAAUACCUGAAGGAAGUUAAUUUAUGGGAGACUGAUAUUGCCCAAUCUGGCGCAGAAGCUUUAGCUGAGGCGUUACCAUCACUGCAGUUGUUGGAAAUACUGCAGUUGUAUAAUAUUGACUGUGAUAGUGAAUGUCAAAAACAACUGUUUGCUGCACUCGGAAAAUUGAAAUACCUGAAGGAAGUUGAUUUACGGGAGACUGAUAUUGCCCAAUCUGGCGCAGAAGCUUUAGCUGAGGCGUUACCAUCACUGCAGUUGUUGGAAAUACUGCAGUUGGAUGAUAUUGACUGUGAUGGCGAAUGUCAAAAACAACUGUUUGCUGCACUCGGAAAAUUGAAAUACCUGAAGAAAGUUCAUUUAUGGAGGACUUAUAUUGCCCAAUCUGGCGCAGAAGCUUUAGCUGAGGCGUUACCGUCACUGCAGUUGUUGGAAAGGCUGGAGUUGCAAUGUAUUGACUGUCAUGGUGAAUCUCAAAAACAACUAUUUGCUGCACUCGGAAAAUUGAAAUAUCUGAAGGAAAUUAAUUUAAAUGACACUCCUAUUAUACAAUCUGGCGCAGAAGCUUUAGCUGAGGCGUUACCGUCACUGCAGUUGUUCAAAAAGCUGGAGUUGUAUGAUAUUGACUGUGAUGGUGAAUGUCAAAAACAACUGUUUGCCGCACUUGGAAAAUUGAAAUACCUCAAGACAUUUGAUUUAAGGAUGACUGGUAUUACCCAAGCUAGCGCAGAAGCUUUAGCUGAGACGUUACCAUCACUGCAGUUGCUGAAACAUCUGUUUGUGCAAAGUGUUGACCAAACUGGUGCAACCGCUUUAAAGUCUGUAUUACCAACGCUAAGCUACUCUGAAACGUCUUCAUAUGUCGCGUGGAGUAGAAAGUGA